CCUAAAAUUUGUCAUGUUGUUUGUUUUAAAAACAAAGGGAAACAAUCCCACUACUCCCACCACCACACAACCACCAAAGUCAUUAGCUUUCAGCCACCAAACCGGUCAACACACCUCCUCCACCGUUCGCCGCCAUCCGCCAGCCUUCCCCCGUCCCUCGUCGAUCCAGCAGAUGUCAACCCUACCCCGACCUCCUUAGCCUAGAAAACUCUAGAUUCUAAUAUCACUACUCACUCCCCGUGAAACCCGUCGGCCGACCCUCCCCCACCCUCGAAACCCUAGUGCCUAGGGUUUCGAUGGUGGGGGAGGGUCGGUCGGCCGUUUAACGGUGAAGGAGAUGUGUAUUUUAGGUUUUUCGAUGGUGGGUUUCGAUAGUGAGGAAGACCGACGAGGGGAGGGGAGGGGAGGUGCGACGAGGGGAAGGGAGGGUAGUUGCGGCGAAGGGUGGGGUAGGUGUGGGGAGGGGAGAGGAUGGGGCAGCAAAGGUCGUGGAAAUCGGGGAAGGUCGAGGUGGAAAUCGGGGAAGGUCGUGGAAAUCGGGGUAGAGGAAGGUCGUGGAUGGGACGACGAAGGUCGGGGAAGCGGCGGCGAAGGUCGGGGAAGGGGCGGCGCAUGUCGGUGGAUCCGUGGAGGUGCGACUGGGUGGUGGAGGUAAGGUAUAAGGGUGGUGGCUAGUGUAGGUGUGGUGGUGGAGGGGUGGCUAGGGAAAGGGAAUGGAAAAGUACGUCUAGGGGAGUGGGGAAUGGAGUUGGAAGGAUUUGGGGUAAUAGAGGGGGAAAAGGAAUGAAAAAAAGUGCAUAACAAACAACAACAAAGGGAAUCGAGCCAGUUGAUUCUCCUUCCCUUUGUUGAUUACCCCCAACCAAACAGCCCCUAAGUUUAAUUAUCAUUAUUGGAUAUCUUAUUGGGUACCCGAUAACCGAUCCGAAAAUCCGGGUACCCGAACUUAUCGGUUAUGGGUAUCACUUUUAGUGAUUUUGGUUAUCAAGUACCCAAACUGUUAGUACGGUACCCGUCCCAUGCUCACCCCUAUUUUGAACACCCUUACGCCUUAGUAAUGAACAAUACUCCGUAUUUAUGAUCCGUCGUGCUCCUAUACAACUUCCUAGUUCACUGAUAUGUGACCACCCUGCCAAUAUAGCAUUUGUAGUGGGUUCUUUGUGUUUCCUAAUAAAUUUCCGCAAUUUCUGCAACAUAUAGCAUACUUGCAGAUUUUCGCGGCUUCGUUGGUGUAGUAACGGUAAACUUAGUUAUUGUUUAAUAAUACGUGGCGAAAUUAUUGGUUUUGAUUAAAUUGCAUUUGAUUAAUGGAGUUGGAACUUGAAGUAUUUUGAUUUUUGAUGAGUAUGUUGAAUGUCUUGGUUGUGUGGAUCUUUAAAAUGGUUUAAAAUAAGGAGAACAAAGAGCGAAAAGUGAGACAUUAAAGGAAAGAAUUAUUAAGAAAUUGAGCAGAGAAGGUGGUGUGAGUUAGGGAGUCAGAUGCUUGUGGGUGUCACUGACUGUAAGAAUUAUUUUAGUGUUAUGAAUCUGUUGUUUAUGUCUCCUUACUUAACUUUGUUUGCCCGGGGUUCAUGGGGUUUGCCGCCGCCCAGGGAAACAGGCACUUCUUAGGUUCUCUUGUCAUACAAGAGAGUCCUUUAUUAAAAGUUACUCGAUCUCAUUUCGUUCUCUCUCUUUCCCAUUCACCAUUCUGGCUUAGUUUCCGCCAAGAUUCGUUCUUGCUGGCUGCAUAUGUCCUCUCCCUUGAGAUCUUUCCAAAUUAUCUUGAAACUAAACCUUUCUGUUAAAUCUAGUUAUUUGGUCCCACUCCCUGGGGAGAUUAAAUGUUCCAUUUUCAGGAAAUUUUUCUUGAUUCGUGUAUAUGUUGCAUGAUUGCAUACACAUUUGUAUAGUCUGGGAAUUGAUGUCCUCGGAUCGAUUAGUUUUCUAUAGAAGAUACAGCACCUUUGUGUAAAAGUAACGAUAGUCCAGAUCUUUACCGACCAAGAUGAAGUUUAUGAAACUUGGAUCAAAGCCAGAUACAUUUCAAAGUGAAGAUAAGCAUGUCAGGUAUGUGGCAACAGAGCUGUCUACUGACAUUGUUGUCAAUGUUGGAGAUGUGAAGUUUUAUCUGCACAAGUUCCCUCUCCUCUCCAAGAGUUCUCAGUUGCAAAAGUUGGUUUCAACAGCAAAUGAACAGAGUAAUGAUGAAGUAACUAUCACAGACAUUCCAGGAGGGCCUGCUGCGUUUGAAAUUUGUGCCAAGUUCUGUUAUGGAAUGGUGGUUACCUUAAAUGCUCACAAUGUUGUUGCUGCUCGUUGUGCGGCUGAGUACUUGGGUAUGCAUGAAACUAUGGAGAAAGGCAACCUUGCAUACAAAAUUGAUGCCUUCCUGAACUCUAUCAUCUUUCGCAGCUGGAAGGAUUCUAUCAUAGUUCUGCAGACAACUAUGUAUUUGCUCCCAUGGUCUGAGGAUCUGAAGUUGAUUAGUCACUGUGUUGAGGCUAUUGCUUCCAGAGCAGUUAUUGACACUUCCAAGGUGGAUUGGUCCUACACAUACAACCGGAAAAAGCUUCCAGAGGAAAAUGGAAGUGAAUCAAAUUGGAAUGGUGCAAUGAACUAUAAAGUGGUGCCAAACGAUUGGUGGGUUGAGGACUUGUGCGAGCUUGAGGUUGAGUUAUAUAAAAGAGUUCUAGUUAGUAUCAAUAACAAAGGCAUUGUUUGUGGUGAAGUGAUUGGAGAAGCUCUAAAAGCUUAUGUGUAUCGACAAUUGCCUGGUCUCGUCAAGGGUGUGACUAGGUCUAGUGAUUUGAUAAAUUAUCGAUCCACUGUUGAUACAAUCAUUUUUCUCCUACCUGAUGAGAAAGGUUGUGUGUCGUGUAGCUUUUUGCUGAAAUUGCUAAAAGCAGCCAUACUAGUAGACUCUAGUGAAGUGUUGAAGAAAGAGUUGAUCAAGAAAAUCGGACACCAACUAGAGCAGGCCUCUGUCAGUGAUCUUUUAAUCAGAGCACCAGAAGGUGAUUCUUUGAUGUAUGAUGUUGACAUUGUACUGAACAUAGUACAUGAGUUUUUCAUCCGAGAUCAAUAUUCUGAAAUUGAAACACUAGAGGCAGAUGAGGCUCAGGAAUUUAAAAAACCUGGAAUUUUGUCUGAAGCAUCAAAACUAAUGGUCGCCAAGUUGAUUGAUGGAUACCUUACUGAAAUAGCAAGGGAUCGGAAUCUGCCCGUGUCAAAGUUUGUUGAACUCACAGAGAUGGUAUCUACAAUUUCCAGGCCUGGACACGAUGGGCUAUAUCGUGCAAUUGACAUGUAUCUCAAGGAACACCCUGAGAUCAAUAAGAGUGAGAGGAAGAAGAUAUGUAGAUACAUGGACUGCAAGAAGUUAUCAGUCGAUGCAUGCAUGCACGCAGUGCAAAAUGAAAGGCUCCCAAUGAGGGUGAUUGUGCAGGUGCUUUUCUUUGAGCAGGUUCGUGCUGCAGCUACAUCUGGGACCAGCACACCUGACCUGCCAAAGAGCAUCAGAGACUUGAACAGUGGGUCCAUGAGGAGCUCAAGGUCAACACCUAAUGCAGAUGAAGAUUGGGACGCAGUGGCUACAGCUGAGGAAUUGAAGGCCUUAAAGGGUGAGUUAGCUGCUUUGAAGUUGGAGAGGAAGAGAAGUGAGAAAUUCAUAGAAGGUAGACCUAGUGUUGACAAGACUGCCCUUCAUAAAGUAAAGGGAUUGCUCAUGUCGAAGAAGAUAUUUUCAAAGCUUUUGUCGAACAAACAUGCUAAUGCUGAUACAAGCGGCUCAGAUUCAUCAGAAACUCCCAGUACUGCAAAUCCCGAAUAUGCAAAAUCUACAUCUUCUGCUAACCGAAGGAUUUCAGUUUCUUAGUACAUUAUUGAAUUAUAGUUGUCUCGUUGUAAGUCUCAUGAGUUCUGAUCCCCCCCUCUUCUUUUGUUGUAACCCUUUCGGUUUUCUUUUGAACACAUUAGAUGCCUAGGAUUAGUAUUUUCUGCGCUUUCGAGUAAAAAGGUAAUCUGCACUGCUGUAGAAUGGGGAGUAUUGGAGAUACAACAAUGAUAUAUUAAUAAUUAUAAAUGGACAAAAUGUCUAUAAUUUAAC